AUGUCGACUGAACAUUUGUUGGGGGAUAUGGGAGAUAUCCUCGAGGCUCUCAUGGGGGUGGAUAAUGGACACAGGGAUAAAGCUGAGAAACAUCUCCAGAAUCUAGCUACUGAACAACCUGGUCCGGUGUUAUUACUUUUAGCUCAAAUUGGUGCAUUGGGUGUAGGAGGUUUCCAAGUUGAUCAACGUUUCCUCUGUCUACUUAUUCUCCGCCGAUUAGCUUUCAGUCGGCUACCUGACUUACACCUCAACCCUCAGACUCCUCACCCCACGGCACCGUUCGAUUAUAUCACCGAAGAGGUCAGAGGGAGGAUAGAGACUGUUUUAUGUACUGGGUUGAAGGAUGAGGUGAAUGUUAGGAUGAGAAAAGGUUUGGGGACAUGUGCUGGGAAAUGGGCACAAGCGAGUAUGCUUCGGAAACGCCCGAUGACUAGACUACCUCCCGUUUUGAUCAGCCUACUCGGGGAUCCGACACCCUUCCACCGCUUCACAACCUAUCAAGUUAUCGAAAUUAACCCAACUCUACUUAUCGACUCUCGAGGGGGAGUAAUCAGAUCUCCCGCUUUCCUUGGUCAAGUCCUCCAAGGCGGUCUUCAUGAUCCCAGCUAUGACGUUCGUGCUCAAGCUAUAAAAGCUACCACGGCCUCCCUCCUCUCUCAGGCUUUCUCAAGUUCACAGAAGAUCGAAUAUGGGAUAUCUCUCGUUGCUGAGAUAUUCAAGUCUUUACCUCAUUUCCCACCUCCUAUCAUCGGUAAAGCUAUACAACCUCUUAUAGAUCUAGCAAUCUAUUAUCCAGAUUUAUGGUUAUCACAUCUCGAUCAAUGCUUGCCUUUCCUUCUUUCCACCAUGGCAUCUCCUGUCCAAUAUCCCACACCGAUCGCACUAUCUCGUUAUGACCCGACUCAAAUGGAAUAUGACGAUUGGGUGGUAAGCUGCAAAGCCUCCACGGAAAUCUUGCUCAGUCUUUUGGAAGUGCGCAAAGCUCAACUUCUGGCAUGGCAAGACGCUCGUGUGGCGAAAGAUCUGGUGGGGCUUUUGUUAGAGUGGCAAAUCACCGCUUUAGGUCUGUUGGGAGAUGAUUGUACGACUUGGCUGGAGGCCGAAGUGUUGGAAGAUGACGAUGAAUAUCCCGGAGAACCUGAGACUUCCUUGGAUCGGUUAUCGGGAUUAGUGGGUGACUCAGGCGCGAUUAUCCUUCCUACACUACUUGAACACGUCAGAGUACUCCUCCCACGACCAGAAUGGAUCUGUCGCUAUGGUGCACUUAUGGGACUUUCGGUGGCGGCUGAAGGCUCCUCUCAGGCUAUCAUUCCGCAGAUCCGAGACAUAGUCAAUCUCAUCGGGCACACAGCUCAUGACCCGCAUCCCCGCGUUCGGUGGGCCUUUCUGCAUUGCAUAGGUCAAAUGGCUGUCCAUUGCAAGAGACAAGUCCACAAGAUGUACUCCGACCAGAUCAUGGAAAAAUGUCUGGAAAUGAUGUCGGAUCCUCAACCUCGUCUCCGAGCACAAUCCAUAACAUGUUUACACGUGUUCUUACAAGACGCUACGGCGGAACAGGUCAUACCGUACUUGGAUAGAUUGGUCCCUGCUUUCCUGGAGGGUUAUUCGAACGGUCCGUCCUAUAUUCAACGAUGCACCAUUGAGGCCCUCGGGGUUCUGGCUUUGUCAGUGGCAGAAGCAUUCGAACCGCAUUACCAUGAUGUGAUGGAUAUGUUACUUCAAGUGCUCAGCACAGCAACAGAAGACGAUAAGACGAUCGUUCUCGAAGUCCUGAACAGUGCUACUACUAUAGGUUUGGCAGUGGGAAAGCGAGUUUUCGUCACGGACGCCGCUAGGUUGGCGGCUCUGAUGUUGGCCAUUCAGAAUCAGAUUACGGAUGUUGGGGAUCCCAGAGGGACAGAGCUAGCAAAAGCUUGGAGGAGAAUCUCCGCAAUACUCGAGGAUGACUUCAACCCUUUUUUACCCUUCAUCAUCCCGCCCCUUAUCCGAGCAGCCGAAUUCAGACCUCCUCCACGUGAAACUAAAAAUGGUGAAGACGAGGACGGUGGUCCUGAAGACCCUGACGUCAUUUAUACUGCCGAACUAGAAGAGAAAGCUAUUGCUUUUGAGAAUUUGGCAGCGUAUGCGAUCAACACCAAGGGUGCGUUCGUGCCCUGGCUCGAGAAAUGUAUGUUCUUAGGUGUGGAUGCUUUAUCUUUUCAGUAUUCAGAAGAUGUCCGAGAGGUGAGUCAAUCCGCUAUUCUUCUCAUUCCCGGCUUAUUACAAACGGCCAAAGACGAAGCUCGUAUCCCCAUUCCGAACGUGCUCGAAAGUAUCUUCUUGGGACUUUUAAAUACUAUCGAUCAAGAACAAGAUAACCUUUACAUACCCACUUUGUUCAAAUCAUUUGCCGAUUCCGUCCGUGUCAUUGGCAUUCCCCUUCCACUCAAUCUCGUCCAUCGAUUCUUCGACGUGGCUCAACGACGUGCAAACAUUUGGUUGAAAGAACGAAUGGAAAGGAAGGUUUUGAGACAAAGUGGAGAGAUAGAUGAAGGUGAUAAACAAUUCAUGAUCACUGAAGAAAAAGAAGAAUCGAUUUGUCUUGAUAAAGUUGAUGAAGCUGCGUUAGCAGUUCAAAAGACUUUGAUGAUGCAGAGUGAACAGCCGGAGAGUAAGGGGUUGAUGAAGAUGUUUGGAGAUUUGUGUGUUACGACACAUGAAGCUAGACAGUAUGAAGGUCUUUUCAAUCAACAAUGA